UUAAUUAAAAUUUAUUAAAAAAUUUAUCGAAUUUGUAAAGAAACAUCUCGUGUAAUAGUAAGCAUAAAUAUACACAAAUAUAAUAUUUUUGUAAUAAUGAGGUUCAAUAAAGGAUUGAUCAGAACAUCAUACAUUUUGAAAAAGAAUGAGUACCGAAAAAUUCUUAUGAAAAAUCUAGGUUUAACUUCUAAUGACGCAAAUGAGUUUCUUGAAGUACAGAAAAAAGUCCUCGAUAUUCCUCAUCAUCGAAUAAUAAAAAAUUGUCUAAUAUGUCAGAAAUAUAAUAUUGAUGUAAAAUCUAUGGAGGGCCUUUACUUUUGUAUAAAAAUGCUUGAUUGUACAUUGGAGCACAGAAUUAAUGUACUCAAAGAUAUAGGAGUGCCAGUUAUAAAAACAUCUCUAAUACAGAACGUGUUGUUACAUUUUCGUAAGAAAGUAUCAGAAUUCAAAAAAGAGACGAAUAUUCCAGCUGAGCAAGAUAUUAUUAAAAAUAUAUUCUGUCAUGGAGUUCCUGACGACAUUUCCCAGUUAAAGUUAAAUGAUGGAUUGACAGUCCACCAGUAUUAUCAGGCAUGUCUCUUCUAUUGCAAAACACAAAUGUUUAAUUUGCCAUAUUUAGAUGAUAAAGCAUUGUUAAACACACGUUUAAGGCUGACAAGUAUAAGUAUGAUUGAAGAAACAUUAAAAGUACUUAGACUUGAUCUUGGUUACUGCGAGGAAAUGGUUAAAAAAAAUCCUUCAGUCAUCAUCGCUUCUGCUGAUAACAUCAGAUCAUUGUUGAAUAGUUUUACAGACAUUUUAGGAAUACCGAUUAUAACAUUUUUGAGAGAAUACCCAAAUAUGCUUUUUGAAGAUGCUACCAACAUUAAGCUAUUAUUAGCAUCGUUCAAGCAACAUAAGAUACCAGAUGAAUAUGUAAAGAAUUGCACAAAAAUUUUUCACUUAGGUAAUGAUAUCUUUCAAGAGCGAAUAGAAAUUAUAAAGCGCCAUCCAGAACUGAAUAUCUGGUACAAGCAUCCACGAAUUUUAAGAAUUAUAAGUCGCCUAAAGCUAACUCGAUGUCGCAUGGGAUAUAUUGAUCACAUGGAUUCCUUUAAAUGGGCUCGUCCACAAUCGUACUUAUGUUCAAAGAAGGAUAUAGAAAAAUCUUUGCAAACCGGCAUAGUUUCAUCCAAAUUUGCUCUAAAAUAUAUAUUGCUGAAGGAAUUGGGAGUAAAUGAGGUCGAUUUAUUAACGAGACAUCAACAUUGGAAAACAGUUGCAUUCAUUGAUAUCGUACAGAUGUUACAAUACUUGCAGAAAUAUUUUACAAUAGACGAAAUACGCCCGAAUAUACACAUUAUACUUUAUAAACAAUCCACAGUAGAGAAAGUAUUGGCUGAAUUGAAACGACAAUACUCUCAAAAUACUGAGUAUUCAUUUAGUAAUAGCCAAUAUCUUGCAUUGUGUCUAUAUAUGUUGGAGAAAGAUAAUAAUUUUACAGGCGAUGGUAUAUGGAACAACAAACAGAAUGAGAAUCAACAAACUUUGGAAAAACUAAAUACUAUAGAAAGAUUAGAUGAUGAUAUUAAUACUAUGGAAGAUUCUAAUAAUAAUUUGAGUACAAAAAGUAAUAUCAAUCAUAAUGAUAUAGAUAGGAAAGAUAUAGUGUGCAAAAACAAUAUACAUAACAUAAACUGUUAAAACGGUAAUAUAUAUAUAAAAUGUAC